GCGCAAUGGAGUACAUUGUAAACUUCGGUUGAUACAGACAACGCGCAGGUGAUGGGAUGCACAUAAAGACGCAAAAGGGACGGAUUUCUGAAUAUUCGGUCUGAAAGAUGGCUACCUGCUCUGAAUUUUGUGGGUCUGGUCACAUGGUCGACUCAAGCUGCCGUGUUUUCGGAGUGCGUUCCUAUUUGCAUCACUUUUAUCAGGAGUGCACAGCCUCAAUGAGGGAUCAGCAGGAAAACCAGAGCCAGAGAUCAUCCCUGCCGUGGAGUCUAAAUCUUUGGAAGGUCACACUUGCACUUGGUGCUUUGCUCCUGACCGUGGGGCUGGUGGUCAUGACGGUGGGCUACGCCAUCCCGACUCGCAUCGAGGCUUUUGGUGAGGGAGAGCUGCUGUUCGUGGACCGGCAGGCCAUGCGAUACAACCGCUCUCUGCAUGUAUGCGUGCUGGUUGGGACAGGGCUUCUCACGCUGGGUGGAGUUCUGAUGGCAGGUGGAAUCCUGAUGUCUAGCAUGUCCACGCCUCCGACACCCACAAAACAGGACGAUUCCAGUCCACAGUCAUCCAGGGGAGAAUCCAAAAUGGGAUGCAGAAUCCUAAGUGCAAUGAAAAGCCCAGCAGACCCCGUGACGAAGCCUCCAAGUCCAGCUUUGAGUGACGGAGGAAUUUCUCCUCUUGCUAGAGAUGAUAAAGUUCAGAAGAGCUUGUAAAGCGUGAAUGACAAUGCCUGUUUAAGUGUGAUGUACUGUACAAACGCUCCUUGUUUAUUUCAAUAAAAAU